AUGGGAACAAUGAAUAAAGCUUUUAAGGAUAUGAACAAUAUGUAUAUGAAUAACCCAUCUAUGAAUAUGGUUAAUAAUAAUAUAUGGUCAUCCGAAAGGAUCGUAUUACCUUCAGAGGAAUAUUUAUAUUAUAUAAACUUAUUUAAUUUGAAUGAUAAAUUUGAUAAUCAAUACAUAGAUAAUAAGACGGCCUCUUCCUUUCUUCAGAAUUCGGGUCUGUCAAUAUCUGUGUUACAUACUAUAUGGGAAUAUAGUGAUGUUGAGAAUAAGGGAUAUUUAACAUUAGAAGAUUUUUUUAUUUGUUGUCGUCUUGUUGCUCAUGCUCAGAAUGGUAACGUCAUAAGUACAGAAAUGAUUUCCAUUCAACCCGCUUGUUUACCCAGCUUCGAUAUUGUUAGACAUAAAUCCUUUUCAGACAUAUCGAAUAUGGAAGGAAGUUUAAAAUGGAAACUGAGUUCAAGAGAAAAAGAAAAUUAUCAAAGAAUAUUUAAAUCAUUGGAUAUAAAAAAUGAAGAAAGAAUAGAAGGAUCAAUUCUUCGUGAGUAUUAUAUGAAUACAACAAAUAUAUCGGUAUGUGAGUUAAUGCAAAUAUGGAAUAUAUCCGAUAUGGAUAACGAUGGAUAUUUAAAUUUAGAUGAAUUUUUUAUUAUGAAUAAAAUUGUAGAAGUAAGAAAGGAGAGGAUAAUUAAUAUCCCUCUUUCUGUACCCAUGGAGUUGUUACAAUCUGUUCAAAAUAAGGAAAGCACUUUCCCUUCGGAAGACGAUGUAACUUUUCGACAGAAUGCUGAUGAGGAGGGAACGAAAAAAAGAGAAAGCAUAAAAUUGUCCCUGGGGGAUAUUUUAAAAUCAGAUAUCUCAAAAAAGAAAGAGCAUCUAGGAGAAGAGGAAGAAGAAAAUGAAAAGUUAAAUAUGGAAUAUGAUUUUUUUGAAUUUAACAAAGAUGUCUCAGUAAAAAGUAAGACACCUUUUAUGAAAGGUAAAAAGGAAUCCAUUCAUUUUGGAGACGACGAAGAAAAUGAUGAUAAAAAUGGUGAUAAUAAUAAAAAUGAUGAUAAUGAUGAAGAUGAUGAUAAUGAUGAUGAUAAUUUUCAUAAUAACGAUAAACAAUUUUUUUCUACCAACUUUGAAGGGUAUGACCAAAUGAACAAUGAUGAUUUAAAUAAUGUGGACCAUCUUGGUUUUAAUGAUGGAUACGAUAAAUUUCGUCAAGGACAUGUUGUGGAUAAGGAUUUAAAUUCAACAAAUGAAAAGAAAAAAAAGAAAAUGAAAAAAAAUAAAAAAAGUUAUACAAACAUUGAACUAAAUCAUAAAUAUAAGGAUAAAGAUAAAUAUAAAGACAAAUAUAAAGAUAAAGGUAAAGAUAAGGAUAAGGAUAAGGAUAAAGAUAAAGAUAAAGAUAAGGAUGAUGAACAGAGUGAAGAUAGUAAUUAUGAUGAGUGUGAAGCGUCACCAUAUUUUGAAGGGGAAAAAAAAAGAAAUAGUAAGUAUUCCAUUUUUAAAGAAAAGAAAAAGAAAGAAAAGGGAGAUAAAAAUAAAAAGAAGAUGCACGGUAAGGGUGAUGAUGAUAAUAAUAAUACAUAUGAUAAUAAUAAUAAUAAUAAUACAUAUGAUAAUAAUAAUAAUAAUAAUACAUAUGAUAAUAAUAAUAAUAAUAAUACAUAUGAUAAUAAUAAUAAUAAUAAUACAUAUGAUAAUAAUAAUGAUAAUGGUAUGGUGGAUAAAGAUUUCCAUUUGAACGAUAAGAAAGAGAAAAAAGAAAAAUUAAAAAAGAAAGAAAAGGAUGGAGAGAAAAAUAAAAAAAAGAAAUAUUCUGAAGAAGAAAAAUAUUUUACAAGACUUAUAGAUUUUAAUUAUACAGAUUUAAAAAAUUAUCAUAUUGAAAGUAAGGAUGUAUAUAAAAUUGAAGAGAUAAAUAGAAAACUUGAAGAAGAAAUAAAUAAAAAAAAAAUAGAUAUAGAAAAAAAAAAGAAACAAGUAAAUUGUCUUGCAUAUGUUUAUGAAGUCGAAUUAAAAAAAUAUCAAUGUUUAAAAGAAGAAAGACGUAAUUUAGAAUUUCUAAAUUUGUGUCUAUAUAAAGAUAUAAAAUAUAAAAAAGAAAAUAUUAAAGCUAUUAAAAAUGAAAUAAAAGAAAUUAUAGAUGACAUAAAUAAAAUAAAUAUCGAAAACAUAAGUUUAAAUAAAAAUUAUAAUAAAAAAGAAAAUGAAAUAAAAUGUACAGAUAAUAAAAGGAAACAAUUAAAAAAAAUGAUAGAUAAAGAAAAACAUGAUUUAAAAAAAGAUGAAAAAAAUCUUAUCAUUUUGAAAAAUAUGAUAGAUUAUUUAAAAAAACAAAAACAAAGAGCUCUCAAAUUACAAGAUAAUUUAAAAAAUAGAUAUGAUGUAACCAAUUCGGAUCAUCAAAUGUUAAUCAAAAAUAUUCUACAUCAACAAAAUUAUUUAAAUAAUAUUACAAACAAACGCCUAAAUAUACAAAAAUUAAAAAACCAACAUAUUCUUCUUUUCAACUCAUUAUCAAAUCAAUCUUUAUUACUAGACAUGCAAAACACGGAUAAAAAAUUUUUACAAAAUAAUGAUAGAAACAUUUUACAAAAUAAUGAGAACAAAAUUGUGCAAAAUAAUGAUAAAAAAGUUUUACAAAACAAUGAUAUCUUACUAAAUAAUUUGCCUAUCGACAAUUAUGUUUUGUGUAACGCACCCUCGAAUCAGCAUAAAAAAUAUUACACCGAUAAAAAGGGCAUACCAAAUAAUCACAAUGAUGAUAUAAAGCAUUCCAAAAAAAACUUUGAACUUUUUCAGCAUAUCAAAAAUGGUGAUAGCGUAGAUAUUUUUUCAAGCCUUGACGAUCUUGAAUCAGUAAAAGAUGAGAUUGAAAAUGAUAUGAAACACCUUGAGAAUUAUAUAUCAAAGGAUAAUAGUUUGAAGAGUGUUGAUAAUAGUAGCUGA